AUGCGUUUCUCUGUUGCCACCGUCGCUCUCUUCGCCAGCCUUGUUGCUGCCAUCCCCCAGGAUGUCGAGACUGUCUACUCCACUGAGGACGUGACCGUCGUCUCCUGCGCUCCCACCGUCACCAACUGCCCCGGUACUCUGCACGCCACCUCCACCCCCGAGGCCGUCGCUGCUGCCACCACUAGCGGCGCUGAGGGUGUCUCCCCCGUUGGUGUUACCAGCGCUGUCCCUGAGGCUCCCUCCGCCACCCCCGCUGCUGGCAGCUCCCCUGCUGGUGGUGCUGGUGCUGGUGUUGUUCCCUCUGGCGGCGCUCCCUCCGGUGCUGCCCCCAGCGGUGCCGCUGUUCCCUCCGGUGCUGCUGCCGUCGGUGGUGGCGCUGGCACCACUGCUGCCCCCCAGGUCACCGUUAUCCCCGUGACCACCUGCGUUCCCACCGUCAUCAUGUCCACUAGCACCAUCGGUGGUGGCUCCGGUGCCGGUGCCUACGGCUCUGGCUACCCCAGCGGCAAGCCCGCCAAGUCUUCCUCCCCUGUCAUCCCUAGCGGUGCCGCUGCCUACGGCUCUGGCUACCCUAGCGGCAGUGCUACCCCCUCCCCCUCUUCUGCUCUCUACACCGGUGCCGCCAGCUCCGUCAACGGUAACGGCUUCGCUUUCGCUGGUGCCGCCGCCGCCGCUGCUUUCUUCCUGGCUUAG